CUUUGGGAUUCAUCCAGGCUUCCAUUGAACGGGUCAGGCUUCGCGUGUUUGAAUUCUCCGUCCUUCUCGCCCAGAUGAGAUCGGAAGAAACCGCCGACUUGCUGGCUGAAAAAGCUCAGAUCACCGAAGAGGAAGCCAAACUCCUGGCUCAAAAGGCAGCUGAGGCGGAGCAGGAAAUGCAACGGAUCAAAGCCACGGCGAUCCGGACGGAGGAAGAGAAGCGGUUGAUGGAACAAAAAGUGUUGGAGGCCGAGAUGUUGGCGCUGAAAAUGGCGGAGGAGUCUGAACGAAGGGCAAAGGAGGCAGAUCAACUCAAGAACGACUUGCAAGAAUCCCGAGACUCUGAAAGGAGAGCCAAGCAGAAACUUCUGGAAAUUACCAGCAAGUCAUCCUACACC